AAUAAAUUGCGCCUUGCAUCUUAUGAAGCACGCAUGGAUCCCUGGACUUUGUUCCGCAUGUACAUUUCACUCAGUGCCACCGGGCAAUUCACUUAUUUUAUGCACAAACGAGGAUACAAUGGCUAUCUAAAGUUCAAUCAUGACAAAGAACGCCUUGAUGUUCGAGUUUCUACCAGUGAUCAAUUGAAAAGAGGAACAAGACACAAGGAUUCCACGACCCUUUCGGGUGGUGAGAAAUCAUUCUCUCAAAUCAGUUUACUCUUGUCUUUAUGGGAGGGCAUUUCUUCCCCUGUCCACUGUCUGGAUGAAUUCGAUGUAUAUAUGGAUGCCGUUAACAGAAAACAAAACAUGCGUAUGAUGGUAAGCGAUGUUUCUUUUUUUUUUAUAAAGUGUAUACAACUCUUUAAAUAA